AUUCAAAUUUUAAGGAGAAUUCAAGAUGAAUAAACAUGAGCAGACAGAUAUUUUUUAUGGACUUGUGAUUACAUUGAUAAACAGCAAGCCUCAAAUUUAUGAUGCCUGAAAAAAAUUCUCCAUAUUCUAACAAGAUUCAGCACUUUAAAUAAUGUUUCCUAUCAAUUACAAUGAUUAUAGUGAUUACCAGGAAGAAAUGUUGAAGAUGUAAUAAAUAACAGCGAUAAAAAGUAAGUCAACUUGCAAGACUUUAAUAAAACUAUACAACAAAGGGUUUUUGUUGUUGAUAAAUCAUGGAUACUGAAACAAAUAAGUGAUGACAGAAUAGGAGGAAAUUAAUAUUAUGGAAAUAUGUGCUUAGUGAAGGUAAUGUUGUAAAAGCAUUUUUGUACCCAAGUGCAUUCAUCAUAAUUUGCUUGUAUAGAUUUGUUAAUGAACAAUGAACUUUAAUGAACAGGGCGACACAAUUUAAUAGGAAACCUCUUCAGAUGGAAUUUUGGAUUCGUACUGACUAGGAAUAACAAAACUAAAACAAAGCUACAAAUAUUUAUAUUCACCAAUAUUUUACUUUUCCCAUUCCAAAAAUAAUAAUUACCGUUCAAAAAAUAUGGUGUUAAUGAUGGAUAUUGAAAAUGUGACAUCAGUUUUGAACAGGACAUUCCAUUAUCCAUUACAGGCAAAAAUAUGGGGAGCAUCAAUAUCUAUAUUUGUUGCGAUAUUUGGAACAUUCGGGAAUGUGAUAGCGAUAAUGGCAAUUGUCAAGUUUCCAAAGUUACGGACAAAGCCGAACUUGAUGGUUCUCCAUCUGAGCUUAACUGACUUAAUCCUGUCUGUCAUUUGUAUGCCAAUUAUGGCGGCGAAUGAUUUAAUAGACGAUGGAAUCUUCAAAGACAGCGAAAGUACAUAUUGUCAAUAUUACAUGCCAUUUCAGUUCUCGAUGCAAGGGACAAACAUGUGUUCAUUAGUUAUUAUGACGAUUAAUCGCUAUAUGAAAAUUGUUUGGACAAAUCAUUAUCCAAGAAUGUUUACCAACUAUACUGUAAUAACACUUAUUGUAACAGCCUGGCUAUUCCCACUGAUAUGCCUCCUCCCUGCAACUAUCAAAAUUUGGGGAAAAUUUGGAUUUGUGGAAAGGAAGAAUAUAUGUACUAUAUUAAGCGGAGAUGGAUAUACAACAUUCUUAUUUCUGGUGAGCUUUGUCAUUCCGUUUAUAUCUCUGAUCGUUUGCUAUACACAUAUUUUCAUCACUGUACAUCGACAACAGAACGUCAUCAAAUCACAUCGAAAGCACUCAACAACACCAAGACGGGUUUCACGAAUUAGCCAGUGUAUUCCAAACAACUUAUGCACCAUGGAACUUCAACUUACGAAAAUGAUGCUCGUAAUAUUCCUAGAAUACACGAUUUUGAAUCUCCCGAUAACAUUAAUAACGAUUCUCGAUAAAAAUGUCACAUAUCCAGUGUUGAAUCGUAUCGCUGCUGGGUUAAGUUGGAUGAACGCAAGUUUCAAUUUCGUAGUUUAUGCGAUUAUGAAUUCUCAAUUCAGGCAGGCAUAUGGAGAACUUUUUGGAAUAUCAAGUGCGACGACAAAUUCCAUUCCAGGUUCAAGAACAGAUAACACAAAUCGAAGACAAUCAUAGUGAUGUUUACCAUGACGAUGAUGUAAAAUAGAAUGCAUUAAAUGCAUCUAUUGUAUUGAAAUUACAAGCUUCACUUUUAAAAAUGGCAGAAGACUAGUUAUACAGUUAAACCUGUCGAAGCGGAACAGCUUUGGUAUCUCUAAAAAGUGUUCCACUUGGGACAUGUUCCACUUAUAGAGGUUCAUUUAACAUUAAAUCAGUUUGUCUUGGGACUCUGAAAAGUGUUCCACUUGGGAGAUGUUCCACUUCGAGAGGUUCAUUUAACAUGAAGUAAAUUGGCCUCAAGACUGUUAUGUUCCACUUCUAGAGGUUUUCUACUUUACAUGCUUCACUGUAAUUUGAAUUCCGCUAAAUAAUGAAAUCAAUCUUCCUUGGAUUAUUUUAAAUUUAUAAAUCAAUAAUAAUUGAGUUCUACAACUUGUUAAUGUGAUUUCCCGAGCUAACUACAAAAUAACCAGUUUUGGCCAAAAUAUUGCAAUAUUUCAUCAUAAUUUGACAAGGUG